CUCUUUGUUGUUCUUGUAUCAUUUCAAAUCAUUUUUUGAAUGACGAACUAAAUUACAUCUGGUGUUAGCUUGUUAGCAUGAACUUCUCGCCCAGUUAACAGUACACGAUGGGGCCAUGGAUUAUUCAGAUGACCAUUAUCUUAUUUGUCUUCAUCUGCUGUUCCCAGGCAAAGAGGAACCGGAUGCUUUACUGUUCUGCUUGCGGUGCAAUUGUAGACGAAUUAACUCACUCAAUCAAUCUGGUGGACCCGAAGAAAACCAUCAAUAUCGGCGGCUUUCGACUCGAUGCGGAUGGAACAAUCAAAGAUAAAAAGGUACCCCUGGCUCGAUCGGAGACUCACCUCAGCGAACUCUUGGAUGCGGUUUGCGAGUCCAUGAGCGACUACGCCCUCUACGUGGACCCCCAAACCCAGCGAAAACGAUACAAGAGGUUCGCGCCCAGAAGCGCCGGCUCCAAUGAGGGCUUCCCCGACAUUAAAAACUUCCAAUUCGAUGGACCAGAAGCUCCCAAUGCUUUGAAAUUCGCCUGUGAAACCAUCGUGGAGGAGCUGGAGGAUGAGAUCAUUGCUCUUUUUAGCAAGAACACAGAGAACGCGCAAGAGGAGUUAUGCAACAAUGUAUCAGAUUACUGUAAAGGCAGCAGUAACACUAAUGACGAGUUAUAGUGUUUGAUGUAUUUUUUUGUAGUUCAAAUUUGGGUGAUCCAUUUUGUUGUAAUGAAAUGGGAAUUUGAAGAAUAUCAAAAAUAAAAUUCAUUUUCAGAAGG